CCAGAGUUUAGUCUGAAAUUGAUCGUUUCGUUUCUUCACCCUUCCUUUCUCUGAUUCCCUCUCCUUUAGAUAUCCUAAACAUUUUAUCACUCUGUUAUCAUCGAAAAUACUUUCUCUUAUUUCUUUUAUUUCUCCAAUCUCUUCUCUUUUUUUUCGUUCUAUUUUAUUUGGUGUUUGAAGGGGCACAUAAAAACAAACAAUGGCUAUGGCUAUGGCUAUGGAUCGGAUCGCUUUUUCCUCUUCCUCAUCCGUUUCUCACCGUUCUUCCCAUCCUCAUGGCUCCAGAUCUUCCACAGUUUUCAUGGCUUCCACUAUCCGUUCCGCUUCUACAGCGGAUACGAAUGGAAGGAAACUGUAUAUCCCUCCUCGAGAGGUGCAUAGCCAGGUGAAAUACUCAAUGCCACCUCAAAAGCUGGAGAUCUUUAGGUCCUUAGAAGGAUGGGCUGAAGAGAACUUGUUGGCUUACUUAAAACCUGUUGAGAAAUCAUGGCAGCCGACAGAUUUUCUCCCUGAACCUGAGUCAGAAGGAUUCUAUGACCAAGUGAAGGAGCUAAGAGAAAGGUGUAUGGAGCUUACUGAUGACUACUUUGUAGUGCUUGUUGGUGAUAUGAUCACAGAGGAAGCACUUCCCACUUAUCAGACCAUGAUUAAUACAUUGGACGGGGUUAGAGAUGAGACGGGAGCAAGUCCUUCUCCUUGGGCAGUAUGGACGAGGGCAUGGACUGCUGAAGAGAAUAGACAUGGUGAUCUUCUUAACAAGUAUCUUUAUCUCUCUGGACGAGUGGACAUGAGGCAGAUUGAAAAGACAAUUCAAUACCUCAUUGGUUCUGGAAUGGAUCCAAAAACUGAAAACAAUCCUUACCUGGGUUUCAUCUACACUUCUUUUCAAGAAAGAGCAACCUUCAUCUCCCAUGGAAACACUGCCAGACUGGCUAAGAAUCUUGGAGACUUUCAACUUGGGAAGAUUUGUGGCACCAUUGCUGCUGAUGAGAGGCGCCAUGAAACAGCCUACACCAAAAUCGUAGAAAAGCUCUUUGAAAUUGACCCUGACACCACAAUCGUUGGCUUUGCUGACAUGAUGAAGAAAAAGAUCUCGAUGCCUGCUCAUUUGAUGUACGAUGGUCAUGAUGAUAAUCUAUUUGACCACUUCUCUUCCGUGGCCCAGAGGCUUGGUGUCUACACUGCCAGGGACUAUGCUGAUAUACUGGAGUUUCUUGUGCAAAGGUGGAAUGUGGAGAAGUUGUCUGACCUUUCUAGUGAAGGACACAGGGCCCAGGACUACCUCUGUGGACUGCCUGCUAGGAUCCGCAAACUUGAAGAGAGGGCUCAAGGGAGAAACAAAGAAGCUGCAAAAAACAUACCAUUCAGUUGGAUUUUUGGUCGAAAGAUCAGGGCUUAAGAGAGGUAAUGUUACACAAUUUCUUCCAUAUUAUAACCCCAAGCUAGCUUAUAAAGAUCUUCCUUCACCAACACCAUGAUGCCAGAAGAAUGUUAUGUCGGAACGUGUGUAGAUAAAGUAUGUGUUAGACUAUGCUUUGUUUGGAUUACUUAAAUGAAUUCCUCCAAAGAAUUUGCUUUGUUUUGACAAUUUUAUUUAUUUGUUACUUCUCUUCUGUAUGCAGUAUUGUAUCCAAGUUCUAUAAUGUUUUCUCUCAAGUUCAAUAAGAUAUUUUAAAUUUAAACU